AUGUUUGACAAGCAGCACUACGAGAGUCCUCCUGUCUACAGUCCUCCCUUCACCCCCCCAUCCAACAAAGGCUUUGGCUCUCGAGGCAGCUUCCAGGCCCCUCAGAGCGAUUACAACGCUUACCCACCUCCACCUGGAUCUUACUACAUCGAGGACAGACCGCAGCACUUCUACAAAUGGCUGUCCCCUCCAGGGAUUAUCAAAGCCAUGAUGGCCACUGUGAUCAUUCUGUGUGUGGGUAUAUUUGCUUGUGUGGCCUCCACUCUCAUGUGGGACAUCCAGUACGGGUAUGGAAUGGGGAUGGGAAUGGGAGGGGGUUACGGUGGUGGGUACACCGGCAGCAUUGGUUCAGGAUAUGGUGGUUACGGAGGUUAUGGGGGUUAUCCAGGCUACGGAAGCAGCUAUGGCUCCUACGUCUCCCCUUACUCGGCCAAAACAGCCAUGAUCGCCAUGGCAGCCAUUAACUUCAUAGGGGCGCUGGCCUUCUUCAUCGCCACCUUCUCCAAGUCCAACACUGUCCGCAGCAGGAAGUUCUUUCUGGCCCUGCUGAUAGCCUGUAUCAUCAUGGCUGUCCUGCAGGUAAGAGUCAUGUAGUUUUUUUGUUUUUCAUAUUUACAAAUCAAGUCUUUAGUCAACUUGUACGUUGUGUGAAAUACUUACCUUGUUUUGUUCAUCAUUACUCACCUAAGAUAGCAUUAAUACAUGAAUCAUACGUAUGAAAUAAUGUCCUGUAUAUGAAAAGUGGACUGCCUCAGAAACAUCUAAAUCUGGACAAAAUGUCUUAUCUCCGUCUAUGGCAAAUAUUCAGGAGAAAAACACCUCCCAGCCAUGAGAUCAGAUCAUAUGAAGGAUCUGGAUCCCACAUGUAUGUUACUGACCUCUGUUUGGAUUCAACUUCCCUUAUUUUAUCUUUUUACUGUUAUUUUUUAAUGAACAAUCUGUCAAAAAAGUGAGUCCAUGCUUUCCAUUUGAACUUUUGGCAAGCCAAAUCACCUCACAGAUGUCCAAUCAAUCACAAACAUCCAAACUAACAAACCUCAGCUCAGCUAUGAAUGGUAUUUAAAUCUGCAUGCUUGCAAAAACCCCAAAUACCAGAAGUUUAAUCUAAAACAGGACCCUCUGUCUGCGGUCUCACUGUGUUCAGAUUACAGUGUUCUAGCUGCUGGUUGGUUGAAAAAAAGCUUAUAUAAAGAAGUUUGUUUCAUGCUGCUGUAAACAUAAUCCUGCAGAUCCAUAAAAUGAAAAAGACUCUCUCAGACGCAAGUGUUGAAUUUUCUUACAAACAGAUUGGACCUCGGAGUUUGAGAUAUUCAACAAAGUAGGAUUAAAGACAUUUUAUACCAGUGGGCUUGACACUCUGACACAGUUUCUGAGUUAUAUCUUUAUGCAGCUGGAAAUGAUGCCAGAACAUGAAUCUAAAUUUUUAUUCAGAUUUAGAAGAAUGUCACUGUUUAUUGUGUUGUGGUGCUUACAGAUAAUCAAGUCCAAAAACAGUGUUAUUAAACCAUAAACACAUUUUUGUUGCAUUUAUAUUUACAUGAAAAAGGAAAGGAUGCUGUUGUUUGUCUUUAAAAUGAAAGACAGUAUCUGUUUCAUUAUUUAAUGUCAAAAUAACCCUCUCAUAUUCCCCAGGGCAUCAUCAAUAUAGUCUACAUUGUGGGAGUGAAUCCAAUGGCCCAGAGUACCUCCAGUAUGAUGUACAACCCCAUGCUUAUGAUGUGCCAGAACCUCUACCAAACCAGCUACUCACAGAUGGGAGGAGUGGGAGGCUUCCCGAUGUACAACCAGUACCUGUACCAUUACUGCUUUGUGGACCCACAGGAGGUUUGUGUUCUUUUACCUGAGGACAUUUUGUCGAUAUUUACAGGAUUUAUUCACAGUUUGAUGACACAGUGUGUGCUUGUCCUGAAAACCCUGUCAGGAUCAUUUCAGAAUAAUUUCAGGUUGAUUUAGUGGAUUAAAGGGUCAGCGAAUGUUUGCCCUUUUCAUUUUUACUGUUUGAUUAUCAGAACUAUGAUUGUGUCCAUAGACUUAUCAAAGAAUGAGCAUAUUGUUUCAGCUUGAAGAAAAUGUAAUUGAAACAAAUCGACUUCAAUUUUGUGCCUCUGUGAAACCAUUGUGAACAAAGCUGCUGGGAAUGUGGGAACAGUGAGCGAGAUAUUCUUCCACAAAACAUAUUGUAGCCACUUAUUAUCAUCUGCAACAAACUGUGAAUAUGUAAUACUCAUAAUGGCGUCUCAUACAGUAUGUAUGAUAGUGAACUUCUUGUUCCAGGAUAAACCAGCCCUAUCUUCUCUCCCAGCUUAUCUCCUUUCCAGAGUUCAUUCCUGUCUUCUUGCUCUUUCCAGGGAGUGGCCAUGGUGUGUGGAUUCCUGGUUGUCAUCGCCUUGGCCGUUGCCUCUUUCUAUGCCCACAAAACAAGAGGGAAGAUCUGGCGCUACGGGAAACCAAACAUCUACUGGGAUGAGCCGCUAGUUGGCGGGAAGGCCUCUGAAGGCAGAGAUGUAGAGGAAUGGGUAAGAGACAACUGGACGGUAGUCACAGUUUAAUAAGACUGGGUUUACAGGGGAUUUAAAAAUAAAUAAAAAACCACAUUUCAACCCCAACUGACCCUGAUUUUGUGCGUGCACAGCUUGCACUCAAAUCAACAGGGUCACAGAGGGUUUAAAUCCUGACGAAGGAAAGUGGAUGGAAAACAGUAUUCACCGACAGAUUUGAUAAGAUGAUGAAAUGAUCAGCUAUGUUGGGCCUCUGCCUAAAAGAUUCAUCCAGAAGUGAUGCGUGGCAGAAUUAGUUUCUGCCCAUUUUUACGAUGCACAGUAGGUAUGUAGGUAAGUCAUCGGUGUGGUAGUCAUCCUGCUGAGGUCGUCAUCCUGCUAAGGUCGUCAUCAUCACUCAUCAGCUGUAAAGAUAGGUUGGGUCACUGCAGUGAUGCAGGUGCUGUAAAUAGAUCAGCUGAGCUGUGCAUUUUCCCACUAGUUGGUUUGCCACUUGUUACUCUGUUUUUGACAUGAUUGCUCAACCUCUCCAACUGGAUCAACAGAGUUGUUAACCGGUUCAAAUGUUUCAUUUGUUUCAGUCAAUUGUCUUUAUGAGUCCAAAGUCCUAAAGGAGCAUCAUAAAUGAAUCUUUAUGAGUUUAUAGGAUUCAGCAGUCACACGACUGUUGCAGUGUUUCCUAAAGACUGAGUCACUUUGUUCAGGGUCAGGACUGAUAGCAGUAAGCGAUUGUUUGCUCAUGGUCGACUACCUGGUUUCACUCUGAAUAAUCAUUAACCACCUGAGGAGAUAACAGUAAGGCAGGAGGUUUCUGGAGAGCCUGCCUCUGGGUUUUUAAACAUAAACACCAUGCCAGUCAUAUGGGACUGUUACCUGAGAUAUGGGUUGAUCAUUGACUUGACCUGCUGCUUUUCAAAAGAUGCUUGUCCUUAACAGUGAGUGAAAAUAAGUUUACAUUAAAAGCGGACAUUGUAGCUCACUUGCUUAUGGCUUGAAUGCUCAAAUCAGGAGGUAUAUUCAUAUGAGGUACCUACACAUGUUUUUAUUAUGUGUUUUACUACUUUACAUCUUCAUAACAGCUUCUUUAGGAUGUUUUCUUUCUUCUAAAGCAUCCAUCUACAAAACAUAACGUCCCCAUCCAGUGUUUACUCAGACACUGUGCAUGGGAGUGUCAAAAACACAAACCAUUAAUUGCAAAUACAUGGAAUACCAAACAUACUGUGCUUUCUGAUUUGAAGUGAGAGAAAAACAAACAGAAAAUAAAAGCCAAAAUUGAUAGUUUUAAAACAUGAAACCUCACCGAUUUCAACGUACUUGGCUACAAAGACAGAUAGUCCUGAUAGUUGUUACUAAUUUAAAGGAAGUGCUUUUUUAUUGAUGGGUUUGAAAGGCCAGCCCACCGUCUAGGUCUAGAUUACAUACUAGUAAUAUGCUUCUUUACACUGUAGGGGCUUUAGAAAUUCACACUUUGCUCUAUCAGUUAAUCAACAUUGUGCAUCUGACUCAAACUCCAUCUCUUGCACUCAAAAUACAAAAGCAAAAGCUGAACCGAUGUGUUGUGCCAGAAGAUGUAGAGCUGUUUGUUUUUAGAAGAUAGUUGUCAUUGCCAAGGACAUGUCAUCAUGCACCAGAAGAGUAAGAAUAGACGAAGCAAGUCCAGAGUGAAUCCUCUGACUCGUACUGGUGUCUGAUAAUAGAAGAGCCAUGUGUACUGAUGUCAUCUGACUCUCUUAAAGUACAGUGUUGGAGUUGACCGCCACUGCAUUAAGAAUUUCAAAACUCUUGAUAUUUUAUGUCAAUAUUUAGGAGGAAAGAAUAAGAGGAAGUAAAGAGUGGGGUUAGGGACAUAAAACUCUUUGAAUUCCAGUCAGAUCAUUAUUUAUUCAAGCCACUCAUGUAUGUAGGUUACAGAACAAAACUAUUGUCUAUGAAAGCAGGUCAGCCUAAGUAUGUCAUUAUUGUAUACUGACACAGAUAUAUUUACAGUCUGAAUAAAUAAGCUAUCAAUGUUGUAGACUCUCCCUUUGCCUCAGUUUGGUCAUAAACCCACUGCUCAAUGCUGCAGUUAUUUAUCUUACUGUUGCUAUGCUACCUGCCCACUGUAUCUGUGCCACUCAGUGAGUCAUGAACCCUUUACAGCUCCUUUAAACACAAUGACAGUGGCAGUCUUAAGGCUGUGGUUAGGCUGAGAUUGAACCAGUCUCUGUUGCUGAGCUCAGGGAGGCCUGGCAUACUCGGAUGACCUCACACACUGGCCUCAUUCAGCUCGCGCAGGGAUGCAGGCUGCAUUGUGGCUGCUGCAUGAGGUCAUCUGAGUUAGUUUCUGUGUGCUGGACACAGAAGUACCAUGCAGAUGUAGAUUGAAAGCGUCUUGGGCAGGUUAAAUGGAUGCUGGUUGAGAAACACAAUAAUCUGUCUGGAGGAUGAUUAUUGAAAAGCAACAGUGCACAGCUUUUUUUUUUUUUACAUCUGUGGGAGUCCAACCAGAGAAAGUGGCUUGAAAUUAAAAAUAUAAAAUUAUAAAGUAAAAUUCAAGAUAAUAAAUGUUACUGUUCGAUAACUUUUAGAGUAAGAAGUUGUGACAUUUAUACAAACCAAGAAAUUGCUAAAUUGUGUUCUGUUGUGAAAUGUUGAAAAUACUGUUUAAAUGAACUACCGGGUUUACUCGAGUACUCCGGAAGUGGGGUUAGGUAAAUUGGCCACUUUCAAAUUGCCCGUAGGUGUGAAUGUGAGCGUGGAUGGCUGUUUGUCUCUAUAUGUCAGCCCUGCGAUGAACUUACGACUUGUCCAGGGUGUCCCCUGCCUUUGCCCGAAGAUGCUGGGAUAGGCUCCAGCCCCCCCGCAACCCCGAAAACGGGAAGAAGUGGUAGAAAAUGGAUGGAUGAACUACAGGCAGUUUUGCAUUUGAGAAAGCACCACAGUUCAAUCAAAGUAACAAAUUAGAGACAAAUCUUCAGAACUCAAGAGAACAUUUUAUUGAAUACUUGUGGACAAAAACAUUUAGCAGAGUAAAAUAUUGCUACAGAGGAGUUUUGGAUGUCUGUCCAGCCAUCUUCUUAAAAUUAUUUAACAAGAAAUAAGGUAAACAUUUAGAUUAAGACUUUAAAAAGUCAUGUAUAGUUCCAAUCUUUAAUGCAUAUUGAAAUAAACGAACUAUGGUUAUCUCAGCCAUGUUUGAAAUAAUAUUGAAUGAAUUUAGAAAACAUAAUGGUGAUGUUGCUCUUGUGAGGGUUGAUGCAGAUAUGAUGCUGGUUACCAAAAAAUGCCAUUGAAUGGCCGGAUAAAUCUAUAGUUUUGACAGGUUUUACAUUUGCUUUAGUGAAACACAUGUUUGUCUACAAAAGUCAAACCCCACUGAAACCUUUAACUUUGGCAUUUAUUUGAAUCCUAACAACAUCAAACGUUUCUUGUCUUUUACCAAACUUCUACUUCAUUUCCCUUUUUUGACCCUCACAUACCUGUCUGCCUCCCUGUGCUCCAUUUAUUCCUCCUCCCCUUCUCUGUCUCUCUCUCUCUCCUCUCAUCUUUGCCUCUCAUCUUUUUCAUUACAACUCUUGCAUUGCUCACAUAUCCUCUCACCGCCCUGCAGCCUUUGAGCCGCACACUGAGGGGGGCAUUGUUGGGAUUCUUAACAUGAAGUUUGGUCUUCAAAAAGGAUUCUCCUGCUGCUGCAUGAAGGGCAGCGCUCCCCCACCCAGGCACUCCACCCUCCAUGAUUAUUGUUUUUGGGGGCUAGGCUGAUGUUUGGCUCUGUUCCUGCUCUGUGGAAUUUCAGAGAUCACUCCGUAGUAACAGAAAAGGAGACUUGUUGUUUUGUUUAGGUUUCUCUUAGUUGUAGUAGUAUAUUCAUGCAAGUAAUCAUUGGCAAAAAUCAAUGUUUGACUCGUUCACCAAGGGCAGGUGCGGCAAAAUGGGAUAGAGAAGUACAGCAAAUGUUUAUGUCUGUAUGGCCUGUUGAGCAUAAUCCUGGAUGUUACUCCUGUUUUGGCUUUUUGGUAAACAGAAAACAACACUUGCAGUAGUUUAAUGUUGUUUCUUUUAAAUGGGGAUGAGAUGAUGAUGAUGAACUGAGCUGACAGCAGGAUGACAAACAGGCAGGCAGGCAGGCAGAGAUCACUGUGGACCAUGGGCACAGGUAAACACAGGAUUACACAAGAAGCCAGCAACCUUAAUCUUGUACUAGAUCUUAUUUUGGACGUAACAUUGGUAGAACAUCGGUGAACAAAAUGAUCUGAUGAAAAAGUGAAAGACAAAGCAGAAGUAGAGAGGCUGAGCGAGUGGAUUGAUGGGAGUGGAAUUUUGACCAUGCCUUGAAAACACUCAAAGAGGGAAGAAAAACAGGUGACUCAGUAAACAGGGAAAGGGAAAACAGCUGAAACACCAGGAAUAUCCUUGUAUUCAGGUGCCACUCAGCGGCCGGUCACAUUUCUGUACUUUGGAGGUCACUCUUUCAGCCGCUGUAUGUGUUCAUGAACUCUGGGUCGUAAUGUGGACUCAGUAUUGAUUCUAAAAUAAGACAAUAACUCUAUUUUGAUGGAAAUGUAGGAGUUUUUUUUACAUUACUUAAACUCGUAUUGAUGCAUCUUUAUGAUAAACAAAGGUAAACAUGACCAUCAGCAACCAGACUGACAGUUUUUGUCCUCUAAGUUUUAAUGCCUGAAAACUGGUGCCAGGGGGUUAGAGUCAGUAAAGCCUCUGGAGAAAAGGCCCUGUUUUACACCUUUCACAUUGAAUAUUCACAAAAAUGAAACAUUUGACCUUUAAAAGUUGCAGGGUGAAUGUUUUGGCCAAACAUCACUGCUCAAGCAUAAAGAGAACAAAAUAAGCAAAGACUGCUUAAGGCGUAAAAUGACACAAACCAAAGUUCCUCACAGGACCUCAAAAAAAGUUCCUCAAAGAGCCAAAUAGAUCUUGCAUGUACAUUAUUCCACAUAUUACAGCAACAUAUCUGCAAGUUGUCUACCAAAUUUCUCACAUUUUCACACCUGAUGAAUGAAGAGUUUAGAAGGUGCAAAUGACAGCUCCAUGAUGUUGCUUUAAAACUUACUCCUUUAGUUAUACUCUUUUUUUGAUUAAUGUUUCUAUAGCAUUUAUACAGUUGAUUAUUUGACUAAAUAGUUUCUGCUCACAUUAAGCUCGUUAACUUGUCACAGAAAGACAGUGAAACAUGCUGUGAGGAGGUUGUUUUGAAGCUGUCUAAUAAAUGACACAUUUACAAAACCCUGUGGAAAUGGAAGAAGCAGUGACCCCCCCCCAGAGGCCUUCAUUGUUAGGACUCUCCUCUUGUGGGAUGUCUGACCUCACAGGAAGGGUUUGAAUAUACAGAUAGCAGCAGAGAAUUUAUUUACCUGACACACAGUUUCUUUGUCUUUCAACAGAAGAAAAGAAAGGAUGAAUGUUUCCGUACCAGGUGUUCAGAGGACACUGGUCAACAGAGAGAUAAGCUUGAGAUAAUAUGGAUGAUGAGAUCUUUCUACACCACGUCUCCUUGGCUCAUCACUAAUUAAGAUUUGUUCUUUUUAAUUAAACUAAAUUAAAUGUUUUUAACAAGAAACUGUCAAAGGUAUUAAUAGAUAACUUAAAGGAUGAAGUUGAUUUAGGAUUAGCUGGAAGUUUGUUAGACAAUUAGCCUUUGGCCAACCAUCCUGUGACCUUUUCAAGCAUGGUUAACUAAGCAGAUAGUUUUCUUUAUACCCAGAAGACAGAGGAGAUAGACUGUAGUGUUCAAUUACAAGGCUGACUGCUUCUCCAAAAUUUACACACCAUUCAUUCACCCUCUUUUGUCUCUGGUUGAGAGACAGCUUUCAUUUUCUCCUUCACUUAAGACAUCAGGAAAAGCGCAGAGGAAUAACUUCUUCUUUAACAGGAUGUCAGUCAGAGAGUGAGCUCGUAGCACUGCCCGGUCUUUGUUAUUUGUUUGUUUGUGUAUGCUAAGUCUGUUCCCUCCGCUUCUUCCUGCCUGCUGUAGGUGAACAAUGUGGAGGAAAGCCGCAGCGUGCAAGACGCCCCGACCCUGCUGGUGUCAGAGAAGGGAGCCGGGCUGCUCAACGCAUCAGCAAACAGCGUCAUCUCGUACCCCCCAGCCAAGGUGGACAGCAGCUCCUACAAUGAGGACACCUACGACAACAACCAGUGAGUUACCCUGCAUUACAAACUCUGUUUUAAUCAAUGAGAGGAUAAACUUUGGUUUGGAGCAGAAGGAGGAUUGUUUGCUUCCACCCAUGGAGAAAAGAAACUUUAAUAACAUACCUAGAAGAGACGACAGAAUGAUUAUUAGAGCAAAUGUUAAGUGCCGUAAUUGUACAAACCUCAACUGAUGAAAAUGCAAGAAGCAUAAAGAUGAAUCUAGGGGUUCUUUUAUUGGUAUGCAAACCACACAUUGCACUUUGUUUCUGCAUUUUAUGCACUCUGCUCAUGCAAAAAUACUGACAUAUAUUUUUUUUUACCUUCUAAAUCGUCUUUAAUGCUUUUUACCUCCUGAACUGUUUUUAUGUAAAUGUAUUUUUUUUUCUUUUAUGAUGUAUGGCAGUGUUUUAAAUGCCUGUGCCUGCUGCAACCCGAUUUGCCCAUUUUGGGACAUAAAGUUAAUGUGAAGUGAAGUGAAAUCAACUGCAUGAAGAUAGAAAACUAAUAUCCAUUUGAUAAAAAUCAGUUAGAAAUAAUAAUAUUGCCCUUUUAUUGUAUUUUUAGCUUGGAAACAGACCUGGGUGAUAAUUUCAUACCACAAACUGUAAAAGGUGUGGGUUAUGACAAAUAAAGUUCCUUGAAUCCUUGAAUGUUCUUAUAAAAGUGCAGUACAGAGCAUCAAGAAAAUAAAGUGAAUGAUUAUGAGACUGAGAAGUUUGCCAGGAACUUCCUUGCAAACAAGGAAGUUGUUCAUUAAGUACCAAAGGAGGAGAAAAUGUUGUGUUUUUGAUAUUCUGUCAUUCUUCCUUUCAUCGUGUCUGCAAGUAAUGCUUCAGCCGGGAAUGUCUUUCUAACAGGACACGUGUGGUAAAAAGUCCAAAGCAGGAUUAGGUAUCUUUUUAAAUAUUACAUCUCCACAGAAAUAGAAGCUGCAAUAUUUGAGUGACUCCGAGGCAAACAAUGAACCUCCAAACAUGUGACUCACGCAAGCAAUAUCUAAUCACUGGUCUGUUUUAAAGCCCAUGAAAACAUAUUGCCCUACCCACAAAAGAGCUCUGCAUGUGACCUUUGAGCUUUACCUUGGAUUAACUUUCCUUUGCCGUGUUUUUCUUUUUGUUCCUUAUUCAUUGAAAACUCUGAGGAGGUUGUUUGUGGACAAACGUAUUCACUUUUCGUCAAAGCUAGAAAUGAUUUCUCAAGCACCUUGUUUUCCUUCUGCACGAAGCUCCUCAGCUCUGCGGUGACUGAUAGUGCGUUGCUCUUUACAGUUUCAUAAUACCUCUGUACCUUUGAAGCUUGUGUCAGAAAUAUGCUCUGAAUGACCGGAUUAGUGAGGACUAAACUGCUCAGAGACAAAAUAAUCAAAUUUAAUGUUGUAACAGCACGGAUUUUGAUCCGGUCCAGAGUACUAAGAAUAUCAUUAUUUUGAUGAUUCCCUCUCUCUUCCAAAGUAAACGUGGCCGGCAAUUUCAUAAGCAGAAGAAUGCUGGCCUGAAGUGCUUUGUUGUUGACAUAACACGACCUUUUUGGGUAAAACUUGUAAUAUGUGCACAGCUUAAUAUAGACUCCUCUUUAUAUCUGUGCAUCCUUCAGAUCUCUGCAUGUUUCCUCGUUCCUGCUCCCUGGUCACUGAGGGCGCUGCAUCUGCCACAGAAAAAAUUGUAGCGUGUGAGCAAAACAAUCAUUAGUGGUUACAGACGCUUACCUUCAUCCAUACAGUGUCUGUCUCAGCAUUAUCAUUAGAUAUUGGUUUGCUUUGGACUCAGUGACAAUCGCAGAAUUUACUGGUGUUUUUUGGGGGGGUUGUUUCUGUUUUUGCUGUUAAGGGCAUCAUUUUCCUAACUUGUUAUGAUCCACUCAGUGGGACUGAUAAUUCACUUACAACAGUACACUUUAUGAGCAACAAGAAUGACUUUGAGAUCUUCUUCACCCCUGAGUUUUGUCUCUCAGGCCAACCAAUGUCAGCAUCUAUAGCUAUUGAGUAAAAAGUUGGUUGAGAAGUUAUAGUUAAGCUUUUUUAUGAAGUAUCAACUCAGUGGAUUUUAUGUUCUACAAAAAGUUCCCAGGUCUCACCAAUUGCUCCUCUCUGACAUCAACAUUCACCCACUCCUGCUGCCUUUUCAUGUCUCUUAUUUCUUAUAUUUAAUUUACUUUUAUCACUUUCAUUUUAAUCGAAAAUGUACAAAGCCUGAUUAAAACUGAACAACAUCCUAAACUCAACAACAAGUCUUUAACAUUUAAUCCUAAUGGGCUAAUACUUACCUACAACCAAAGCUCAAGGAGCUACUGUAGGGUUAAUGAGUGAACUUGCCCAAUAGGUAGACCCUCAUUUUGUGUUUUGACAGAGUAAUUAAUCAUUAAAAUGAAAGACGUCCUAGUUUGGCCUAGCAGUUAAAAGGUGCACACCAUAUACAGGCGAGUCCUUGUCGUAGCAUUUGCUUAAUUCCCAGCCAUGACCUUUCUUAGUAUGACAAUAUAUCUCUCAACCCUCCUCAGCUGUUUAUUCAAUAAAAGGAAAAAAAUACCCAAAAGAGAGAGAAGAAAAAAGGUGCAUGAUAGUUCUCUCAAAGAUCCAUAAAAAAAAAAAUUCCUAGUGUGAUUUCUGUGUUCAAGUUUAUCCAGCAUUAUCACUGUAAUGUUGAAACGAAGUAAAUAUUCACCAGUUUGUUCCUGGGUAGACUUGAUUAGAUUGAUUCCUGAAAAACAACUGUCAUCUUACUUUUAUUGCUGUCCUGCAGGUACUCGGAGAGGACCACCAGCAGACCCUCAGAAGCCCUGUCAAACGGUGGGGGAACUAGCUCCAGUCCUUCAGAGGAGAUCGGUGGGGUCCGGAAACCCUCUGCCAACAGGGGCAAGAGACGCAGACGUAACCCUGAGAUAGAUGAGUCUCAGUAUGAGACCGAGUACACCACAGGAGGAGAGACAGGGAACGAACUUGAUGAUGAAGAGUGGGAGAGGUAAGAAAUUAGUACAACUACAGUUCUGCUGUAUCUGUGAGCCCGUUUACACUUGAGUUUCACAUUUAUUUUGAGUGAGACUGCUCAAUACGAUAGUAAACAAGGCUUUAACACUUGUUAUUAUAAAACUCCUAAAGAGGAACAUGCACCGCCUUUUAAACACUCGUUCUUUAACUUUUGUGACAGACAGAAAAUGACCUGCUCCUGCCAAUUUCAUUCAUUUAAACAGCAUUUACAUGUGAAGCUAGAUAGAUAGAUACUUUAUUAAUCCCAGAGGAAAAUUCAAUAAAAGGAAAAAAUCGAGUUCUUGAAACAAUUGUGCUUCCUUAUCUAGCAUGUCUUUAGAAAUCUGGAGCUUUCCCGAUAAAGAUUGAUGCAAUAACCUAGUGAAAGGUCCGUUAACUGAUAGUAGUGAUAUAAGCAGCGAUGAAACUGGAAAAUCUGUCACCUGGUCACCUGGGAGAGAUUUUAUACAUCCGUGUUCAACUUUUGCCUCUUGUUUAGGUCACUAAAACACAUUUUGACCCGCUUCUCUCGGGCGGCAGUAGCUCAGGAGGUAGAGCGGUCGUCCAAUAACCGGAAGGUUGGCGGUUCGAUUCCCCCCUAAUCCAAGUCCGUCCGUUGUGUCCUUGGGCAAGACACUUAACCCACCUUGCUCCCAGUGUGUGUGUCCUCCACUGGUGUAUGACUGUGAGUGUUGUGUGGUGGUGGUCGGAGAGGCCGUAGGCGCAGAAUGGCAGCCACGUCUCCACCACCAAAGUGUGACUGUGUGAGCGAAUGAAUGAUGUAUCCAAUGUAAAGCGCUUUGAGGGUCUCUGAUAAAGCGCUAUAUGAAAUCUGAUGCAUUAUUAUUAUGCAUUCUCUGUGUGGAACUCGUACACCCUCUGGUUCAGAGAUUGGCAUGUCUUUUUUUGAGAACACAGACUGUAGAUUGCCGUUUAAUACCGCCGCUCUCCAAGGACCAGACCUUAAUUCUUGGAUUUAAAUUAACAACUUUAAGCUCAGAAAAUCAAACUCUUACGUGAGAGUGCAGAUUUGCAGAGGAGAAAAUACCGUUCCAUAUCAGUCCAUAAAUACUUGAGUGCAAAAAUAGUAAAUAAGUAAGUAUGGAAAAGACCCUGCAGUGUGUCACCCUGUCCAGGAGAGCGGUUAAUCCUGUGAGGCAUGUCUGUUCACAUGGGCUGUAGUCAGGCAUAACAAGAGAAUUGGGCCAAAGGUACAAAACAUGGAAGUCAGAGUAGCUUAUGAGAAAGUAGUAUUGCUGUGGCUGUGGUUUAAUCUACUCAGACUUUAACUAAUUUCCCUGAGGGGGACAUUUAAAGCAUAACACAGCCUUAUCAAACUGUCUGCAAUAUACCUUUGAGCAUUACCAGUAGCUGAUGCGAGUGUACAUCUAACGCUGAUCUUUUCCCCUCCUCCUCCAGAGCGUACCCCGAGAUAAGAUCUGAUGCCGAGCGUCACGAGUACAAAAGAGAGUUUGAUGUAGAUCUGAAGGAAUAUAAGCGCCUGUGCGCAGAGAUGGACGACAUAAACGAUCAGCUGAACAAACUCAGCAGGCAGCUGGACACGCUGGAUGAAACCUCUGCGAAAUACCAGGUCAGAUAUAAACACAGCUCAAUAGAGACACCAUCACUGAACGCACAUCGUUGUAACUGAAGAAAAUUGAGCGUAAAAAAUGAGAAAAUUAGGAAUGCAGUACAAGUGGUGUGAGAGGAAUGAAUAUUUCAGCAAAUAUUUCUAUAUUUAAAUCCAACACAAACAGUCAAGUCUCUCACUCACUUCGAUGUGGAUUUCUUCAGUCUUUUCUCUGGUUAACUUGUGGAAGACAGACCCCGAUCAGUGAGAUACCUGCACGCUCUGGAUUCACUUGUGUAUAAGCUCCAGCUGAUCAUUUACCCUCCAGUCGACUCUUUUAUCAUCUUUCUCAGAUAGAAGUUGAAGUUCAGCUUAAUGUCUCCUCUUCUCCUAAUCCACCGAGACGUGUCUUUCUGCUGCUGCUGCCGCUGCUGCUGUUGUUGUGCAAACCUGACAGCCUGACAGCACUCAGGUCCCACUUCUCAGUGCUGCUGUUGGAACUAAUAAAUAUGAUGUGUAUGCUUGAGAGAGAGUGGAAAAAAACAGGCACCUUAUGACACAUAUGACCAGAUAAACAAUUUUAAUAUAAAGCCUCCUUAUCGAGACCCAGCUGUCUACACAAAAGGUGCACACCAUAUACCCAGCUGUCUAUGUCACAUAAGGGGAAAUUUGUGCUUUUCACUCUCUUUAUGGGUAUUUGACAUCUUUGAUAACUGAUUCUACACGUUUAUAUACAAUAAUAAUAAUAAUAAUGAUGUGGAAUAACGUGUGCUGGGAUUUUAUUGGUUUGGGUUGAAAAUUGGAGUGAUGAAUAGACGCACAAAUUACAUGACUCAAAUUAAAACACACAGACAUGAAUGAGAGAGUCUAAAGGUCUAUUCAGAAAUACUUCAUUAUGAAGGUCCCUUAGAUUUUAAAUCCUUCUUUCUGUUUUUAGUGGACUGACACAAUCCUUAAAAAAGCUUUUCUCUUUUUUCCACAGGCGGCAGCAGAGGAGUAUAACCAGUUAAAGGAUCUAAAGCAGGUAAGGAGAUGUCAACUCAUGAAAGACUGAACAUAAAGCAAACUUGAGUUGUCUGUAAAGUAUUACAGAUGACCUUUUUAUUUCAGCCUGCAUCCUUUGUAUUAGUGCAGUCAAUACUCUAGUGUAUAUAUAAUGCAGAGAGAGGUGUCAAAGUGGAUCCAAUCUACUGUGGCAAAUGCUAACAGGAUUGUAAACACCACAUGUGAAAACAGACGAUAUCAGGAAGAGCUCAUAAUGUUUUUGUGCGUCUGUGACAUUUACAACCUCAGCAUUACUCAUGAGCUCAAGAACGUCAUGUAUGAGUCCGUCUGUGUGUACAUGCUGUUUGGUUGUAUUACAUGACUCAUCCUUGUGAUCUGUGCUCCGCAGACACCAGACUACCGCGCCAAGAAGAAAGACUGUCGCAGGCUGAGACACAAACUGUACCACAUCAAACGCAUGGUAAAGGACUACGACAAGAACCACUCGUGA